AUGUUUUCCCUCAGAACAAUUGCGCGAUCUGCCCCGCGGACCGUCAGCCGUGCUGCCGGUGCUUCCCUGCGCUCAUCCGCCAUUGCCCGCCCCAGCUUCGCCAGAACCCCCGCCAUCAAGCUGCUGCCCACCCGAGCUGCCGCCUUCUCAACCACCGUCCGCCGAAGCAAAGAGGAUGAUAUCGAGGUCGACGAGGCUCUCUCUGCCAAGCUGGAGAGCGAGAUCCAGAUUGAGGAGGAUAUCAAGGCCAAUGAGCAGCAGCCUACGAGCAUCAAGGACUUCCUCGACAACAGCCCAUUUGAGCUGAUCGAUACUCCUGGCCAGGAGGUCGUCAAGCUGACCCGCAGCUACGGCGAAGAGAAGAUCACCAUUAGCUUCUCCAUCGCCGACAUCACCAACUUCGACCCCUACUCCGAGGACAUGUUCGAGGAGGAUGAGCUCCCCGAGGAGUCCCUCCAGUCCGACAAGCAGCAGAACCCCGACGACAGCCUCGAGGGCGAUGUCGAUGAGGAGACUGGCGCACCCAUCAACCUCUCCAUCCUGAUCGAGAAGCCCGGCAAGACCAACGGCGCCCUCAACAUCGACGCCACCGCCCGCGAUGGCGAGAUCCAAGUCGACAACAUGUUCUUCUACGAGGAUGCUGAGGUCGCUCGCAUCGACUCCCCCGAGGCCGCCCAGAAGCGUGCCGAUGUCUACCCCGGACCUCCCUUUGGCAGCCUCGACGAGGACCUGCAGGUGCUGAUGGAGCGCUUCCUCGAGGAGCGUGGCAUCAACGAGACUCUGGCCGCCUUUGUCCCCGAUUACGUCGAUGCCAAGGAGCAGCAGGAGUACCUUCGAUGGCUCAAGAACGUCCGAACUUUUGUUGACGCUUAA